CAUUGAAUGCACAUUUUCAAAUUGAACCCAAAAUCUUAACGUUUCUUUAAUCAACCAAAUUAUUGUAAAAUUGACUUUCAAUUAAAACAAGAGUGAAUCAACAAUCAGUGUUAGGAAAACCAUUCAAUUACAAGUUAAUUAAUUGCUAAUUGUGCUUACAAUCAAUCAAAAAUGCCAAGUGCUUCUAAACGCGUUAAUGGAUAUGGUUUAAUGGGACUGCUCAUUGCAGUUUUCGGUGGAGUUUGUUUCUACUUGGUUAAAUCAAAGGAAGGAUGUCUUGGUCUUGAAGACUACGAUAAGGUUCAAGCUUUUCACAUAGUUGGCCUCAUCACUGGUUUGGUCCUUUUCAUUCUUGGAGUCCUCAACUUUGCUGGUGUAAUACAUGACAUUGUAGUCCUCUUUUACAUUGCUGUUCUUGGUAUAUUGGUUGCUGGUGGAAUCAUGGUUUACACUUCGGUACUGAUAUUUAAUAUGCCAUGUAACCUCAGUGUAGAUGGAGCCUUUAAAUCAUUGAAAAGUCUGGUUGACAAUAAGCGUCACAACAUUUUCUUGGCUGAAGAUGGAAACAUGAUUGCUGUUUUCAUUCUCGACAUUUUGUCCGCUUUAAUGCUUUUCUCUGCCUCUGGAAGCUUUUACCGAGGUUAAACUAUUCUCAUUGAGCUUUUCAAAGCAUUCAUCUAUCAUCUAUCUUUACCAAUCUUUUAACUCGCAAAUAACUUGUAAUAUUGCUAAACGAAAAUCAAAUUUCAAGCCAAACCUAAAAAUGACAUAACAUGUACUUUUAUUCACCAGUAAAACAAACAAAUCAUCAUUUCUUUAUCAGUUUCCAGUUUUCACAUUGUAAAUGUAUCUUAUGCUUAUUUACAUUAAUAUUCAAAUGUGAAACAAAUUGAAGUGACUGUUGACAAGAUAAAACAUUACAUUUUAAUAUAAA